AUGUCUUCGUCCGCCGUCAAACUAGAACCUCGCGGACACGGGGGCGUAGGAGCAAUGUCUCUUCCUUAUAACGACUGGGUCCCCGACCAUCACCGGCACCAUCACUACCACCAGCAACACCAGCAACACCACCACCAAUACCAGCACCAACAACACCACGAGGCCGCGCACCACCCUCAUUUUGCCGACCCGUCUGAACAGAACGUCCGGUUGCCUCCUCCCGAGAGCCUUGUGACUGGAAAUCCUGCCGCUUCGCACUUCCAUGAUCCCUCAUCGCCCACCUCUCCGGCACCCUUUCAAGGCCGACUGAGUUCAAGCACAUCACCUCACUCAUCUCGUCUCCCCUUUCCGUCAUUGCCACCCAAGUUUGCCGGUCCCGUCCGUGACGUGGUAUCUCAGAACGUCACAUCCACGGCACGUAGCUCUCUCGAGGCUCGACCACCGCCGACCGCGCCGGCCAUCGGGUUCAUUGGCUCACACGAACAGAGCUUGCCCAGCCAUACGGAUCAUCAGCAACUAUCACAUCCAGUACUCUCGUCUCAGCGGGACGUCCAUCCUCACGAUUAUAAGCCGCCUCUGGCACCUGGGCCUUUUGCCGACGCAUCGCAGCAGCAGUACUCGUUGCCGUCUGCCCCCCCUCAGCCAAGUCAGGUGCGGCAAACUCAACCUCCGCCGCCGCGCCGAAGUCGCCAGCCCACAAGCGGAUCACCAGUGCCAGGCAUGCCUAACUUACUGGGGCCUGGAAGGGAAGAAGCUCUCAGCGGCAUCAGCUUCAGACUGACGCUGCGGCAGCAACCGAAAGCAGCCCGAGCAUGCGGAUUCGGGGACAGGGACAGGCGGGUCAUUGAUCCACCGCCGAUUGUCCAGCUGAUUGUGCAGAGCUCGACGAUGACGGACGACGAGGUACGCUCGUACCUCCGUUACGAGAGCUACGUCAUGAACUGCUCGAUCUGCGACGAGACUGGCUCUCGCGACGCGUCCUUUAUGCCCGAGGAAUAUCAACACCAACGGCGCCUCAUGGGGUCUCUUGUGGGCACACCUUUCGUGGGCCAGGAUGACCGUGGAGACGAGGGCUGCUUCUUUUGCUUCUCGGAUCUAUCGUGCCGAACACCGGGUGCGUUUCGACUCAAGUUCACACUCAUUAUGAUCGACCCUGCUCGCGCAGGCACUGUGCGGCACUUCCCAAUCCUGACGGAGACGAUGAGCGACGUCUUUCACGUGUACAGCGCCAAGGAGUUCCCGGGCAUGCUGCCGAGCAGCAGCCUGGCCAAGAAGCUCAAGGAGCAAGGAUGCAUCAUUUCCAUCAAGAAGGGCAACGACAGAUCCAAGAAUGCGAGAGGUCAAGAUGAGCUGUCCGACAUGGACGAGGAUGAGGGCGAGAGCUCGCAGGGUCAUCGCAAACGGCGUACGGUUCGGGAAUAG